AUGGAGCCCACCGACGGCCCCAUGCUCCGCCGCCUGUUCAAGUCGCCUGCCCUCCGCCGCGAUGGCACCUCAGCUUCUGCCUCGUCCACGGCCUCGUCCAGCACGGUCGACUUCUACGGCAGCCAGGUCGAUAACCAGACUGUCAUCAACUACAGCUACACGGACAGGCCCUCGAGGCUGUUGCUGUGGGACAUCUACUAUUUCUUCUACUACAUUUGGGCCCUCCCAUACAUCAUUCUGCCUUGGAAGCCCUUCGACUCAGGGGAUUUGUCCGAGCUCGCGCCCACCUGGGGGAACCUGUGGUGUGUCUUCAUCCACGUCGUCCUGGCCAUCCUCCAGCUGGUCAUGAUAAUCUGCCUCCCGCCCGUGGCUCUCAUCCUUCCGCUGUGGACGACAUUGGCGAUCGUGGCAGUCUUCGUGGGCGUGAACAAGGGUCUUUGCACUCUUAUCAACUCAAAGGAAGUCUUGUUCUACUCAGACCCCGAGUAUGCGGCGCCCGAUCAAAAGAAGUUUGCCCACGAGCAGUGGAUAUUCCUGAACGGGGUAGCCUGUGGCGAGCACUGGCUGAAGAGCUGCCUGAACCGGCUGGCCUUGACCUUCGGCAGGCCUAUCAUUGGGGUUCAUAACAGGACCGAUGGAGUCAUUUUUGAUGUCAUCGAGUGCCUGAUCCAGCGGAACCUUGGCUACGCCACCAACGACGUGCGGGUGUGCUACCGUAUCAUCAAGGAGAAACUGUACAACCCGCAGUACUCCAAGAUCGUCUUCGUACUGCACUCCCAAGGAGGCAUCGAAGGCGGCCUGGUCCUCGACUGGCUGCUGCAGGAGCUGCCCCAGAACCUGCUCGGCAAGCUCGAAGUGUAUACCUUUGGCAACGCUGCGAACCACUUCAACAACCCAUACCGAACCGUGGCGUCCCAAUCCAAGGCGGAAGAGAAUCCCCUGGAGGCAUCACUAGACGUUGUGGCACGCGAUGGCGAAAACGCAGGACCGUCCUCGGAUAAGUCUGGUGUCGAGAAGGCGAAUGGAGGAACCGUGGACCCCGGCCAAUCUCCACGCAACCGCAUCCGCCGGCCGCCUACCCCGAGGUCAUCCCCACCGCCGCCUAUCAGGACAAGCACAGGCGGCCUGGCCCCGAACGGAAGCGCCCACCCGGCCGCUCCCCACGGACUGGCCAAGCAGGAGACGUCGCACUCGAGCCCGGCGACGCAGUCCGAGCGGGCGAUCGGGCACAUCGAGCACUACGCGCAUACGACCGACUUCGUGGCGCUGUGGGGGGUGCUGCACUUCGCGACGUCGGCGACGGCGGACCGGUCGAUGCCGCGCUUCAUCGGGCGGCUGUUCUCGCGCACCGACGGCCGCGGGGGCCACCAGUUUGUCCAGCACUACCUGGACGGGAUGUUCCCUCUUGCGAAGGACGCCGUCACAGGGAAGCUGAUCGGAUGCCGAGAGGUGGGAAACGAGUUCAUGGAGAGCGAGAUCGUCGUCGGGAAGUCGGGCGACGCCGGCGCCAACGAGAGGGAGGCGUUCGCGAGCAGUUACCUCGGGUGCUCGGACGACGAUUCGGACGGGGAGGAUGAGAAGAGGAAGAAGUCUGGGGCGGCGGCCGUGGCGGCUGGGGAGGUCUUGAUGCACAAUGGCGAGAGCCCCAUCGCUCUGAGGAAGAGGCUGGGCCUGCCUACCGAGAAGGUGAAGGUGAAGGAGCUGAGUCGGCUGUGGAAAUAUCGGAAUGGGAGGAGUCCGGUCGAGAAGCCGCCCCUGUUGGGAACCGGCAUGAAUGGGUUUGUGAGGAACGCGACGCUGUGA